AUGGAGUGGGUGUGGGCGCUAGUGCUACUGGCGGCGCUGGGCAGCGCCCGAGCGGAGCGCGACUGCCGGGUGAGCAGCUUCCGAGUCAAGGAGAACUUCGACAAGGCUCGCUUCGCCGGCACCUGGUACGCCAUGGCCAAGAAGGACCCCGAGGGCCUCUUUCUGCAAGACAACAUCGUCGCCGAGUUCUCCGUGGACGAGAAUGGCCACAUGAGCGCCACGGCCAAGGGCCGAGUCCGUCUUUUAAAUAACUGGGACGUGUGUGCAGACAUGGUGGGCACCUUCACAGACACUGAGGACCCUGCCAAGUUCAAGAUGAAGUACUGGGGCGUAGCGUCCUUUCUCCAGAAAGGAAACGAUGACCACUGGAUCAUUGACACGGACUAUGAGACCUAUGCCUUGCAGUACUCCUGCCGCCUCCUGAACCUCGAUGGCACCUGCGCUGACAGCUACUCUUUCGUAUUCGCCCGAGACCCCAGCGGCUUUUCCCCGGAAGUGCAGAAAAUCGUGCGGCAGAGGCAGGAGGAGCUGUGCCUGGCCAGGCAGUACCGGCUGAUCCCUCACAAUGGUUACUGUGAUGGCAAGUCAGAACGAAACACUUUGUAG